UGUGGUAGCCGGCCGUCCUCGCGACUUUUGCGGUACCCUUCCGCCGGGUGACUCCUGUCGCGAGACUUCCUGCUCCUCUGCCGCUCCCUUUACCGUCGCCUUUGCCGGGAACCCGGACCCAGCCUCUUCCCCCACCCGGUCACCGGCCCCGGCUCCACCGAGGCCUCGGUCCCCCAGCCCCGCCUCGCCGCCGCCAUGGCGGACCCUAAAUACGCCGACCUCCCCGGCAUUGCCAGGAACGAGCCCGAUGUUUAUGAAACCAGCGACCUACCUGAAGAUGAUCAAGCAGAGUUUGAUGCGGAGCUGGAGGAGCUGACCAGCACCAGUGUGGAACACAUCAUUGUCAACCCCAAUGCCGCCUAUGACAAGUUCAAGGACAAGAGAGUGGGGACAAAAGGUCUCGAUUUCUCAGAUCGAAUUGGGAAAACCAAGAGGACAGGAUAUGAAUCUGGAGACUAUGAGAUGCUUGGAGAAGGUGUGGGCGUGAAGGAGACGCCACAGCAGAAGUAUCAGCGACUCCUGCAUGAAGUCCAAGAGCUGACAACUGAAGUGGAGAAGAUCAGGACAACUGUGAAGGAGUCAGCCAUCGAGGAGAAGCUGACCCCUGUGGUGCUGGCCAAACAGCUGGUAGCUCUGAAGCAGCAGCUGGUGGCUUCCCACCUGGAGAAGUUGCUGGGACCAGAUGCUGCCAUCAACCUCACUGACCCAGACGGAGCUUUGGCUAAGCGCUUACUGCUGCAGCUGGAAGCAACAAAGAACAGCAAAGGGACUUUAGGGGGAAGGGCCACAGGUGGGACCCCUCCAGACAGCAGCCUUGUCACUUACGAACUACAUUCUCGGCCUGAGCAGGACAAGUUUUUGCAAGCUGCCAAAGUUGCAGAACUUGAAAAGCGCCUGACAGAGCUGGAGGCCACUGUCCGCUGUGACCAGGAUGCUCAGAAUCCCCUUUCUGCAGGUCUACAGGGAGCCUGCCUUAUGGAAACUGUAGAACUGUUGCAGGCCAAGGUGAACGCCCUGGACCUUGCAGUUCUGGACCAAGUAGAGGCUCGGCUGCAGAGUGUCCUGGGAAAGGUGAAUGAGAUUGCCAAGCACAAAGCUUCUGUGGAGGAUGCAGACACACAGAGCAAGGUGCACCAGCUUUAUGAAACCACACAGCGCUGGAGUCCCAUUGCCUCCGCCCUCCCCGAGCUGGUACAGAGACUAGUCACCAUCAAGCAGCUGCAUGAGCAAGCUAUGCAGUUUGGUCAGCUCCUGACACACUUGGACACCACUCAGCAGAUGAUCGCCAGUUCCCUGAAGGACAACGCCACUCUGCUGACCCAGGUGCAGACAACUAUGCGCGAGAACUUGACCACAGUUGAGGGGAACUUUGCCAGCAUUGACGAGCGAAUGAAGCAGCUGGGGAAGUGAGCACUUGGGGAGCUGGAGAACAAAUGGGGUAACCCUUACCGGAGCUCAGUGAGAAGCUUCCACAGGGCUGCCCUUCGAGCUCACAGCCCCAUCCCACUGCACAAAGGGCAAGGGUUCUUGUUGCAUGUGGGUGUAGACCCUCCCCUGCCCUGACGAAUAGAGUGGUAGCUGGGAGCUCUUGAUGGGAGCCUGUCCUCAGGCCCAGUGGAUGAGGGUGUGGGCCCAGCCACAUGCCAGCUCAUGUCCAAUAACUGCUUUGCCUGGUGUGGGGGAGGCCUGGGCCCCGUCCUCUAGCACAGCUUCUGUGGUUGGCUGUUAAUACUGUACAACUGUUUCUGACCAUUAAAUGCUGUUGUACUGUGUA